GGUUCCAUGGAAGCAUGGAGUUUCCACCAACAUACCAGCUACCACCCACAAGGCCGCAUCCUCCUAUCUACCCAGCAUGGUAGAGAGACAGGGAUUGUGACAUAAGCAAAUACCCUCAGACUGAUAUAUGUAAAUGCCACCCUAUGAGCUUCCUGGUAGGGACACCAGCUGUGAAGUCCUCAUAACAGCCAACUUCCUGCAACUCUCAAGCUGAUGGCCUCAUGAAUGGGAGGAAGGACUCCUCCACUGGAGAACUGACAGCAGUAUUCUGGUAGAGGAGGCAUCAAGAGUCCUGGGAGGCCGGUGGUAAUCAUGUAGGCACCAUGGAAACUGCUAUGUGCGUUUGCUGUCCAUGUUGUACAUGGCCGAGAUGUUGUCCUCAGUUAUGCUCCUGUCUGUGCUGCAAGUUCAUCUUCACCUCAGAGCGGAACUGCACCUGCUUCCCCUGCCCUUACAAAGAUGAGCGGAACUGCCAGUUCUGCCACUGUACCUGUUCUGAGAGCCCCAACUGCCAUUGGUGUUGCUGCUCUUGGGCCAAUGAUCCCAACUGUAAGUGCUGCUGCACAGCCAGCAGCAAUCUCAACUGCUACUACUAUGAGAGCCGCUGCUGCCGCAAUACCAUCAUCACUUUCCACAAGGGCCGCCUCAGGAGCAUCCAUACCUCCUCCAAGACUGCCCUGCGCACUGGGCGCAGCGAUACCCAGGUGGAUGAAGUAAAGUCAAUAGCAGCCAACAGUCACCUGGUGAACCACCUCAAUUGCCCCAUGUGCAGCCGGCUGCGCCUGCACUCAUUCAUGCUGCCCUGCAACCACAGCCUGUGCGAGAAGUGCCUGCGGCAGCUGCAGAAGCACGCCGAGGUCACCGAGAACUUCUUCAUCCUCAUCUGCCCAGUGUGCGACCGCUCGCACUGCAUGCCCUACAGCAACAAGAUGCAGCUGCCCGAGAACUACCUGCACGGGCGUCUCACCAAGCGCUACAUGCAGGAGCACGGCUACCUCAAGUGGCGCUUUGACCGCUCCUCCGGGCCCAUCCUCUGCCAGGUCUGCCGCAACAGGCGCAUCGCUUACAAGCGCUGCAUCACCUGCCGCCUCAACCUGUGCAACGACUGCCUCAAGGCCUUCCACUCGGAUGUGGCCAUGCAAGACCACGUCUUUGUGGACACCAGCGCCGAGGAACAGGACGAGAGGAUCUGCAUCCACCACCCAUCCAGCCGCAUCAUCGAGUACUGCCGCAGUGACAACGAAUUGCUCUGCACCUUCUGCAAGUUCUCUUUCCACAAUGGCCACGACACCAUUAGCCUCAUCGAUGCCUGCUCCGAGAGGGCCGCCUCACUCUUCAGCGCCAUCGCCAAAUUCAAAGCAGUCCGAUAUGAAAUUGAUAAUGACCUAAUGGAAUUCAACAUCUUAAAAAACAGCUUUAAAGCUGACAAGGAGGCAAAGCGAAAAGAGAUCAGAAAUGGCUUUCUCAAGUUGCGCAGCAUUCUUCAGGAGAAAGAGAAGAUCAUCAUGGAGCAGAUAGAGAAUCUAGAAGUGUCCAGGCAGAAGGAAAUUGAAAAAUAUGUGUAUGUUACAACCAUGAAAGUGAACGAGAUGGAUGGUCUGAUUGCCUACUCCAAGGAAGCCCUGAAGGAGACUGGCCAGGUGGCAUUCCUGCAGUCAGCCAAGAUCCUGGUGGACCAGAUCGAGGACGGCAUCCAGACCACCUACAGGCCUGACCCACAGCUCCGGCUGCACUCAAUAAACUACAUGCCCUUGGACUUUGUUGAGCUUUCCAGUGCCAUCCAUGAGCUCUUCCCCACAGGGCCCAAGAAGGUACGCCCCUCAGGGGACUCGCUGCCCUCCCCCUACCCCGUGCACUCAGAAACAAUGAUUGCCAGGAAGGUCACUUUCAGCACCCACAGCCUCGGCAACCAGCACAUAUACCAGCGAAGCUCCUCCAUGUUGUCCUUCAGCAACACUGACAAGAAGGCCAAGGUGGGUCUGGAGGCCUGUGGGAGAGCCCAGUCAGCCACCCCUGCCAAACCCACAGACGGCCUCUACACCUACUGGAGUGCUGGAGCAGACAGCCAGUCUGUACAGAACAGCAGCAGCUUCCACAACUGGUACUCAUUCAACGAUGGCUCUGUGAAGACCCCAGGCCCAAUUGUUAUCUACCAGACUCUGGUGUACCCAAGAGCUGCCAAGGUUUACUGGACAUGUCCAGCAGAAGACGUGGACUCUUUUGAGAUGGAAUUCUAUGAAGUCAUUACUUCUCCUCCUAACAACGUACAAAUGGAGCUCUGUGGACAAAUUCGGGACAUAAUGCAGCAAAAUCUGGAGCUGCACAACCUGACCCCCGACACAGAAUACGUGUUUAAAGUUAGAGCCAUCAAUGAUAAUGGUCCUGGGCAAUGGAGUGAUAUCUGCAAGGUGGUAACACCAGAUGGACAUGGGAAGAACCGAGCUAAGUGGGGCCUGCUGAAGAAUAUCCAGUCUGCCCUCCAGAAGCACUUCUGAGCCCCUUCAGAGCAGGAAACAACCUCAGACUCAUCACAAAGUAGACAUAUAUACACACACACAUAUGUAUGUAUAUUUUUCUCACCACAUUCUUCAAGGAGGUUGUAGACAAAUGUUUCCGUGACCUCUCAGCUUUCCAACAGGAAUCUUGUAAGAGCUAAUAAAAGGAAAUACCUGACAUGG